AUGGCCAGCCUCGACGAGAACGCGCCGCCGGCGGCGACGAUGCCGCCCGCGCCGCCGGCGCCGACGACGCCGUCGGCCCUGGACGGCGAGAGGGACAUCUUGGACGACCAGUUGGACCUCUUGACCGGCUCCAUGGUCGGCGCCGGCGAGCUCGACGCGACGGCCGUGGAGCUCGCGGGGCUCCUCGUGGAGAAGGGCGACGACGCGUCGUCGCUGCGGGCGCACCGCGUCCUCGCCGAGUGCGGCGUCCAGCUCGGCUGCUGGGGCCUCGGCGAAAGGCCGAAGCUGAAAAACGCCGCGGACCUCGACAAGCCCAUGGGCGCCUUCGUGCUCAAGCCGUCGGCCAGGUCGAAGCUCCUCGACGACUCCGUCGCCGCGCCGAAGACGCGGCCGGAGCCGCGGGCGAGCUCGACGACGUCGCUGCGCGGCGCGCCGCCGAUCGCGGACGACCUCGACCCCGUCGCGCCGCCCGCGGCGAGCGAGCCCAAAUCGCUCGCGGACUUCCUGAAGCCGUAG